AACGCCAACAAACCGCGCCAAGAUUUCACCGUCUGAGGCCACCAAACGACGGGGAAAACCUCGCUCUUUUCUUCUCCUUUUCCCUGCUUCCUUGCGCUGAAAUUGCGAAAGAAGGCGUGGAAAUAAAGGCAAGAGGCAAAGGAAGUGCGAUCAUAAGAUAUAUAAAGGAAGCAAGCGAGAAGGAGACCGAGUGAGAAAUAAACGAUGGAGAUGGACAUAGAGGAGAUGUUUGGCAUCCGCCCGGCUGAGAGCGACAGGGACUCGGCAUCAUGGACGAGGCUAUUGAAGUGCCAGAACCAGGUCAGCAGGCAAAAGCAGAACCCGUCAAACCAAAGAGAGUUGUAAAAAACCCACAGCCCAAGCUGGAUGUCCACCGCCUGGGAGGUCCUCGUGGCAUCCCAGUCCUGCAGAAGUCCUUCAAGGACGUUCUGGAUGUCCUUCUCAAGCGACUGGAACAUUGGGCUCAUCGCCUCUUCCCAAAGUUGCCCUUUAACGAUGUCUUGGAGCAGAUUGAGAAGCAGGGAUUCAAGAAGCCUGUUCAGGUCCUCAUCAAGAAGCUGAGACUGGACAUGUUCACUGAAAGCGAAUUAAACGGUGCCAACCCUGACGAGGACAAUGUACGGAGAGGGAUUCAUGAUGAGGAACCCGUCAUUGAGGAGCCCCCUGUGGACAUUUUCGAUGAGCUUCUGGGCCAGAGUGGAUUCCCUACUUCUCAGCCUGCUACCGUACCUGCUUUUACCUCUCUUCCUUCAGCUCCGACAGAGAGUACUUUUACGCUAACAGAGGAGCAGAGAGAGCGUGUAGAACGAAACAGGCGCUUGGCAGCUGAGAGACGAGCGGCCAAGCUGAAGCGGCAACAAGAAGAGGAGGAGAGAUUACGCCAGAUGGAGGAAGACGCUCAUUCUUCCUUUGAUGAUAUAAGGGGCAGUGGAAUAGUAGGUGGGAAUACCAGCACACAGAAUAACAAUGAAUCUCCCGAGAAGCAGAAUAAAGAAAAGGAAACUCCAAAGGAACACGAUAAAGGAGAGACAGCAGAUAAUGCCACAGAGGACAUGGAAGCAGAACCAGCCACAGAGACUGACAAGGAAGAUGGAGAGGUAGAGAAUGCAGUUGAAAAUGGAAGUAAAGGAGAAACUGAUAAACAGGAAGAUAAAGAGAGGGAAAGUGGGACUGAGGAUCCACCUGCAGCUGAAGAAAAGAGUGAGGAGAAGGAAUUGCACAAUGCGGAUGAUCUUCUUGAUAUGCUAGAUGAUGAAUAAGAAAAAUGCUUUCAUAUAGCAUAGAAAAAAAAAUUGUACUUUUUAUACUUUUAGAUGGAAAAGGUGUUAGCUACUUUUUGUAUGAAUUUUAUGCUGUGAAUUUUUGUAACCAAAAUAUACUUUGUUUAACUGCA